CCUUCUGUGUUCUCGCCGUGUCAUGUGGAUGUCAGGACCCCGAACCGCCGAGCUCCGGGGCUGAAAUCUCCUCAGCGACUCCUCCAGAAGCCUCUAACGGGACUCCGAGCGCUCUCACCCGGGGCACAGACUCUUCCAAGAGGGCGUUUUCGAGCGGCCGGAGCCCGGCGAGAGCGAUGGCGGACGGGGAACGGUCGCCGCUGCUGUCCGACCAGCACGACGGGACCAACGGCUUCUCUCCCGGGGGCAGCUCUCACGGAUAUCCGUCAAAACCACAGAGUUUGGCGCCGUUCCCCAGUUCGUUGGUCCAAAAUGAGCCUCCGCCUCCGUACUCGCCGCAGGGCAGCCCGGACAGCAGCAGCGCUCCGGUCAUCAGCUGCCGGGUCUGUCAGAGCGCCAUAUCUGUGGAGGGCAAGAUGCACCAACACGUGGUGAAGUGCAGCAUCUGCAACGAAGCUACGCCGAUAAAGAACGCCCCCGUUGGAAAGAAGUACGUCCGCUGUCCAUGUAACUGUCUGCUGAUCUGCAAAGUCACGUCGCAGAGGAUCGCCUGUCCGAGGCCUUACUGCAAACGCAUCAUCAACCUGGGACCCGUUCACAUCGGCAGAGACAGUCCUGAACCGCAGCAUCAACCCGUCGGCAUCCGGAUCAUCUGUGGACACUGCGCCAAUACAUUCCUGUGGACGGAGUUUUCUGACCGGACCUUGGCCCGAUGUCCACACUGCCGAAAAGUCUCUUCUAUUGGUCGCCGGUACCCCAGGAGGAGGAGCCUGCUGUGCUUCCUGCUGUUCAUCAUCUUCGCCGCCUCCACGGCAGGACUUAUGGUCGGUACGUGGACGCCGGCUCAGAACUCUAAAGGGAUCUACGUUUCGUGGGCGUUGCUGAUCCUCCUCGCUCUGUUCGCCAUGGUGAGGACGAUCUACUGGAGGUGUCUGAAAAUCAGCGACCCCAUAUCCAACGUCACGUAGACAGAGAGAGGGAAGGCGAGAGAAAGGGAAGGUAGGAAGGUGAGAGGGCUAGUGUAUAAAGAGAGGGAGGAUUCAGGUCGACAUGGUGAGAAGCAGAGGCGGCUGAAAAUCGAUGCGAUACCAUAAAUAAAAAAUCCACAUUCAUGCCAAAUCAGAUUCACCAUAAAUAUGAGCUGUCAGUCGUCAAAAAGUGCAAAAUGGAGAUUCUUGAUUUUCUUCUACUCACCAACACAAAUUAAAGAUGGUUUCUUGCACGUGUGGAAUUGGAGUUUGAGACGAAGAUGAACACGCUGGAUGAAAGAGAGCAGAAAGAAAGUGUACUUUAGAUAUUUAAAUAUUUGUUUUUCACCCCGUAGCUUGCUUCCAUGUUGUUUCAAAGCCUGAUGGUGCUAUAUUUUUUAGCUUGGAGCUACCAGCAGUUGUUUUGUUCACAACAGUAUUAUUUAAAAAAACAGGUACAUUUUUUGGCCUAAAUGAAGACAUAACUCUUAUCAGUGUCGGCUCUAUUAUUAUGGAUCAUUUGAGGAAUAAAUCCAGUGGAGGAGGCGUGUUUAGUUGGCAUUUAAGUUAUAUAAUCAUACCAAAUAAGAGAAAUACAUUACUUAAAUCUAAUCAAACCAGAGGGAACAAACAAGAUGUGCUUAUUUUUGAAAUUUUUGAAUAUUAUAACCCAUUUCUGCCCUAAAACCUACGCACUGGACCUUUUUAAAGGAACAUUUUGACAUUUUGGGAAAUUUGCAUUUUCACUUUCUCGCUGAGAGUUAGGUGAGAAGAUUGAUACCACACUCAUACAUGUGCAGUUUAAAUGCAGCUGCAGCUAGCAGCCAGUUAGCUUAGCAUAAAAACAUAGCAUUGAAACUUCAUCAACCUGUCAUAUUUUGUUUUUAUUUUAUUUUGUACACGACAAACAAACUAAUUGUACUUUCACUGGGAGUUAUGUGUGGCAUUAUUUCUUGUUUGGACAGAGGCAGGCUAGCUCUUUCCCCCUGUUUCCAGUCUGUAUGCUAAGCUAACUAGCUACUGUCAGUAGUAGGGAUGGGAAAAUCUAUGAUGCAGUAAAAACAUUUCUCACAUUCGACUUCGCGAAUUUCCCGAAAUGUCAAACUUUUCUUUGAACAGUUACUUCAAAUUUAAACUGAUUUUUUCUUUUGGAAUAAAACUCUUCGAUUAGUUUCUGAACUUUGGGUUGAACAGCUUCUCUGACAUCACCACAUUAACUUCAACCACAAACUACUGAAAACAUCCUGAUAACUACAUCAAGGGAACAUAUCAUUUAACUACAUAUCUUCUCUUUUGGGGCAUUGUUCGUUAAAUGGAACAUUUCUUACACGUUUGCUGACACAGAUUAUUUGUCCGAAGUGCUUAAUUUAACUGCUGUAAAUGUUAAAAUCACGCAGGAAGGCUUUCCUCCAAUCAGAGGAGAGUUUACGUGUGAUCAAAUGUACAGGCUCGUUGUAAAAACAAUACAAAGAUAACAAACACAACACGGUGAGAGAAAUGUAUAAAUCAACAGACGGGCAUUAGUUCAGAGUGAGUGGCAUCUUCUCUAGUAUCAUGUCAGAUCAUCUCACAGGGAUUCAGGGGCAUUCAUUGACUUUACAUACAGUGUGUUUUAUUUCAUCUGAUAAUAAUUCAUAUUAAAGAAGCGCAACGCUGUGCUGAUGAACCGAUUGAUGACAUUUCAAAGAUUUGAUCCUAUAAACUUGACUGGAAACAUCUUUACAUUCUGCUAAAUGUCUUUCUUUGUUUGUUUUUUUUAAACUAAAACCCAAACUGAUACAAACCACUUGAAGCACACAGAGAACGAUUUAUUUAUUCACUGUCUCUCUUUUUAUUCAUCAUCCAUCUUAUCUGAAUCAAACUGAGCUGACACACUUGUUCAGCCUGUUCCAGUGACUCGUUCUCUGUUAAGGUGUAAAUAUAUUCAGUGGAUGUUGAAUAUUUUGGACUGUACAGAAUUAUCAGAGCUGUCGCUUCCCUCUUGUGGCUGAUUAAUGUAAAGUACCCGCUGACUGUGAAACAUGUUGCACUACAUUGUACUGAUGUACUACUACUGUAUGUUUUUGUCAAUAUUAUUCAGGUGGAUGGAUUGUUUUUUGUUUUUUUUUGUAUAAUGUGAAACAAAGUAAUACUUUUAACAAGGUC